AUGAGCUGCCCCAUUGACAAAAGGCGCUCCCUGAUCGCUUUCCAGCGCCGGCUGCGGGACCUCGGACAACCCCCAAGAUCCGUAACAUCCAAGGCGUGCGCUUCGCGCGUUCCAAAGGAGGUGCCCCUCUGCCCGCUGAUGGCAGAUGGUGAGACUAGGAACGUCACCUCCUUGCCUGGACCCACCAACUGGCCACUGCUAGGCAGCCUACUGGAGAUUUUUUGGAAGGGUGGCCUGAAGAAACAGCACGACACACUGGCAGAGUACCACAAGAAGUAUGGCCAGAUCUUCCGCAUGAAGCUGGGCUCCUUCGACUCGGUGCAUCUGGGCUCGCCGAGCCUGCUGGAAGCUCUGUACCGCACAGAGAGCGCGCAUCCCCAGCGACUGGAGAUCAAACCUUGGAAAGCCUAUCGCGACCACCGCAACGAAGCCUACGGGUUGAUGAUCCUGGAAGGACAGGAGUGGCAGAGGGUCCGCAGUGCCUUCCAGAAGAAACUCAUGAAGCCGGUGGAGAUCAUGAAGUUGGACAACAAGAUCAAUGAGGUCUUGGCUGACUUUGUGGGGCGAAUCGAUGAGCUGUGUGAUGAGAGAGGCCGCAUCCAAGACUUGUACAGCGAGCUGAGUAAAUGGUCCUUUGAAAGCAUCUGCCUUGUGUUAUAUGAGAAGAGAUUCGGGCUCCUUCAAAAGGACGCAGAAGAAGAAGCACUGGCCUUCAUCGGGGCCAUCAAAACGAUGAUGAGCACAUUUGGGAAGAUGAUGGUGACCCCCGUGGAGCUGCACAAGCGCCUCAACACCAAGGUGUGGCAAGCACACACGCUGGCCUGGGACACCAUUUUCAAAUCAGUCAAGCCCUGCAUCGACAACCGCCUGGAGAGAUAUUCCCAGCAGCCCGGUGCGGAUUUCCUCUGUGAUAUCUAUCAGCAAGAUCGUCUUUCCAAGAAAGAACUGUAUGCCGCUGUCACAGAGCUCCAGCUUGCUGCGGUGGAGACGACCGCUAACAGCUUGAUGUGGAUUCUCUACAAUCUAUCCCGGAAUCCCCAAGCUCAACAGAGACUUCUUCAGGAAAUCCAGAGCGUGCUGCCUGACCACCAGAUGCCACGGGCGGAAGAUGUGAGGAAUAUGCCCUAUUUAAAGGCCUGUCUAAAAGAAUCCAUGAGGCUUACCCCAAGUGUGCCAUUUACAACUCGGACCCUUGACAAACCAACAGCUCUGGGUGAAUACAUGCUUCCCAAAGGAACGGUGUUAACACUAAAUACCCAGGUGCUGGGUUCUAGCGAGGACAAUUUUGAAGAUGCUAAUAAGUUUAGACCCGAACGCUGGCUUCAAAAGGAGAAAAAGAUCAGUCCCUUUGCUCAUCUCCCGUUUGGCAUCGGGAAGAGGAUGUGCAUCGGGCGCCGGCUGGCUGAGUUACAGCUCCACUUGGCUCUUUGCUGGAUAAUCCAGAAAUAUAACAUCGUGGCUACAGACCAUGAACCUGUGGAGAUGCUGCAUCUUGGUAUCCUGGUGCCUAGCCGGGAGCUGCCCAUUGCGUUCUGUCCACGGUAG